CUAACCUGGUCGGCAGAGGAAGCUACGGGUCAGUGUACAGAUGCAGGUUAAAGGGGCACGGAAUGGAGGAGGAGAUGGCAGUGAAGGUCUUCGACCUCGAGAUGCCAGGCGCGGAGAGGAGCUUCUUGGCCGAGUGCGAAGCGCUGAGGAGCAUCCAGCAUCGCAACCUUCUCCCCAUCAGAACCGCGUGCUCGGCGGUCGACAACAGGGGCGGCAUGUUCAAGGCCUUGCUCUACGAGUUCAUGCCUAACGGGAGCCUCGACACGUGGUUGCACCCUAGAGCGGCGCCGGCGGCGGGCGAGAAAGCUCCGAAGCGUCUAGGGUUCUCUCAGAGAGUGAACAUCAUCGUCAACGUAGCCGAUGUGCUGGACUAUUUGCACCACGAGUGCGGGAGGCCGACUGUUCACUGCGACCUGAAGCCCAGCAACAUCCUCCUGGACGACGACCUGAACGCCCUUCUGGGAGAUUUCGGCAUCGCGAGGUUUUACGCUGACUCCAAGUCAGCACCGUCGCCGGCGGUAGACCCAACUAGUUCCGUCGGUGUGAGAGGGACUAGGCAACACUAUGAAGACGCCAACUGCAACUCUCCAACAACAACAAAGCCGCCCAACCCCACCCUCGUCGGCUCGCCCCCAGGCCCUAGCCAGGCAGCCGCCCAGACCCAGUCCCUAGCCCCCCGGCCGGCCACAUCCAGGCCCCACAGCGGUCCGCGCCAACGCCGGCCGCCGCUCCGCGCCCUCGCCGGCUCGCCCCCAGGCCCCAGCGGCCAGCGCGCUGCGCGCCUACUUCCGGACUACCCCAGCCGGCCAGCCCCCAGGCGCCCCGCCGCCCCCACCAGUCCACCACCAGCCGGCACCUGGCAGGCACCAGACACCACCGCACCAGGCAGGCACGGCCGCAUCUGUUGCUUCGGAGUUUUUUAA